GCACAUGUGGACAGGGGGUGCAUGUGGGCAGUUUGAAUUCAGCGCUUUAUAAGGCAUGAAUAAAUUCGAAAAAAUUCUCAUAGAUGUCUCUGAUUAUACCUAAUGUGUGAAUAAAGUUUGAACAUUUAACAGCUGAUAGUGUUUGUGUUAUGGUUGAAAGCACGUUUGAAUGGUGACAAAGUAAACUUAUUAGAGGAAUAUAAUCGGUGAUCAUCAAUAUGGUAAGGACUUAUAAGCGCAAAACAUCGAGAGAUGAUAUUGAUGAAACUAUUGUCGCAAGAGCCCUUACAGAAAUUAGUAAUGGCAGAAUGUCAUUGCGUACAGCAGCAUCGGAAUUUGGCUUAAAGAAAUCAAUGUUGCACAAACGUUUCAAAAAGCAACGGAACACAACGGAAGAUUCCGGUGCAGAAUCUGAUACUGUAGACCAAGGCAAGUCAAAAUAUGCUAGCAAUCAAGUAUUUUCAGCAGAAGAAGAAAAUAUGUUGAAUAGUUAUCUUCUUAAAAGUUCAUCAAUUCACUAUGGUUUGACUUUGCGUCAAACAAGAACACUAGCUUACGAGUAUGCCCUUAAACUAAAUAAAAAAUUUCCCAAUAAAUGGAAUGUAGAAAAACAGGCGGGGAUUGACUGGAUGAAAUCAUUCUUAAAGAGACACAAAAACAUUUCUUUAAGAAAACCUGAAAACACUAGCCUCGCUCGUGCAACUUCCUUCAAUCCAGCAAACGUUAAUGCAUUUUUUUGUAAUUAUAAGAGCGUAUUAGAAAAAUUCAAAUUUGAACCAAACCGUAUACUAAAUUUGGAUGAAACUGGCAUAACUACUGUCCUACCCUCUCCAAAGGUUCUCACUGAGAAAGGCAAGAAACAAGUAGGUCAGAUAGUAUCUUCUGAACGUGGCCAGCUUGUUACCUUUGUAGGAAUUAUAACAGCAACAGGAAAUGCACUACCUCCAAUUUAUGUAUUUCCCAGGGUCCAUGCAAAAGACCACUUUGUGAAUGGCGGACCUAUUGGAGCUGUUGGUUUGGCUCAUAAAAGCGGCUGGAUGACUGCAGAGUUAUUUAUGAAUGUACUGAAGCAUAUUGUGCACCAUCUAUCACCGUCGAAGGAAAACCCCAUUUUAUUACUCAUCGAUAACCACAAAUCACAUAUAUCUCUGCCAGCUUUGUGUUUUUGUAAAGAGAAUGGUAUUGUUGUCCCGCGUUCCCACCGCAUUGCUCCCACAGGCUUCAACCACUAGAUGUUGGAGUCUAUGGGCCUUUUAAGGCAAUUUUAAAAUCCACCUUCAAUAACCACAUGGCUACACAUCCCGGGAAGCAAAUUACAAUAUAUGACAUUCCACAAUUGUCUAAGCAACCAUUCUUGCUAAGCUUCAUCCCAAAGAACAUUACAAAAGCUUUUGAAGCUACUGGUUUGUGGCCACUAAAUGAACUUGUGUUCACCGAGGCAGACUUUCAGAGUUCAUAUGUUUCUGAUAGGCCAGUAACUGAUUCAGUUGUAAAUAGUAAUUUAAGCAACACAGGCACUACAGGUCAAAAUGCCACUAGGCCAGAAAAUAAAUCUGUUCUUGAUGAACGUGAUACUACACCUCCAGGACCCUCUGGAAUUGUGACCCCUGAAGUCCUCAGACCAUACCCGAAAGCUGCGCCAAGACGAAAUGUCCAAAGAAGGACAGGCAAAUCAUGUAUAUAUACAAGUACGCCAGAAAUGGAUGCUAUUAAGAACAAAGAACAAGAAAGACAAAUUCCAAAGGAAAAGAAACGAAAUGUGAAACGGGUUAUUUUUGAAAGUUCGCCAGAUAAAGAGCACAUGGAUGCAGAGGAUUCUUCAGAAGAAGGUGGCUCUUUUUCUGAUGAGGGAUUUGACGGAAACGAUUUUGCGGAAGAACAUUCGAUUUUGGACAGCGAUGUGAUUUCUACGGAUGACUUUGUGCUUGUUAAAUUUGCCACAAAGAAGACUUUUAUAUAUUAUGUUGCCCUUGUACAAAAAUUGUUUGAAGGUGGUGUGGAGUGUGAAGUUAAAUAUCUACGACGCAAAUUACCUGGAUGGAGUUUUCACUUUCCUGUCAUUAGUGACAUAGCUACUGUUAUAAGAGACGAUAUUGUGCUCAAGUUACCUAAGCCAGUGAAUCAUAAAGGGACAGCAAGAACCUCUGACUACUUUAAAUUCGGUGUAGACCUCACGAAGUAUAAUGUAAAUUAACUCUAAAUUUAGAUAUUCUGCAGAAAAUUUCGACAUAACUUACUUAGAUUUUCAUUUUGUAACAAGUGUCCACAUGGACCCCUUCCACUGUCCAAAUGCACCCUCUAAUGGGGUACAAGUGGACAAACACAUUUUUUUUUCUUUAAAGGCAUUAUGCACAUUUUGUUUAUAUUUUAAGCAUUCAUGUACUUAGUAUGCAUUUCACAAUAUCCGCCCGAUGUUACUACUGUAAAGAAAAUGUAAAAUUGAUGGAAAAUUAAAAAAAUAUUGAAUUUUGAAAAAAGCUGUCCACAUGCACCCCCCUCU